UUAUAAUAGUAAUAGAUUAAUAAUAAUAAUUUAAAUACCAUAGUAAUAUGUCUAUUGAUGAAAGUAUAAUUAGUAUAAUUAAAAACAAAUUGAUUAAUGAAUUGAAAUCUAACAAUGAUUUAUACGAUGAAAAUGAUAUAACAUAUACUUUGGACAACGAGUGGUCUAUUAGAAGAUACCUACUGUUUCACAAACUGGAUGUCGACAAGUCGUUUGUGGCCAUCAAAGAUAGCCUACAAUGGCGUAAGUCAUACGGAAUCAAACAGCGAACAGAUGUUGACUAUCCCAUAGAGUUUUAUCAAAUCGGUGCCUAUUUUCCAUACUGUGUCGACCGAAAUGGUCGCACAGUUAUCUACGUAAGGGCUAAGAUGUAUAAAUACUUUCCACAUAUAAACGAUUUUAUGAAACAAUAUAUUGUUCACGUAAUCGACAAAAUAGAUAAACUAAGUCAAGAGUCAGGUUGGACAAUGGUAUGGGAUCUGGUAGGUGCCGGACCGUCCAAUUGGGAUUUGUCGUUUUUAAAGUUCAUAAUAUCUACAUUAAGAAACUAUUAUCCAUUAGGUAUGCAAUACCUGUUAGCCUAUGGCGUUCAUCCACUUAUGAGUGGCUUCGUUAAGAUUGGACUUAAAUUAGUGCCACAAGACGCCAGAAAUCGCAUAAAAUUUGUAUCAAAAGAUGAAUUGUUAACAUAUAUUGCACCCGAAAAUUUGCCCGACUUUAUGGGCGGCACCUCUACUGUAAGCUAUAAGGAUGUACCCCUUGGCACUCAAUCUGCACUUGAAUUUGGAUUAGAGAAAGGCAUUCAAUCAAAGGAUAUCGAAAAAGCGUUAGACUUUUAUAAUAAAUUUUUAUAA